AUGGCUCCAACGUUGCCCGUCUGCUUUAACCACUACAGAAGCACUCCAGACGGGAAGUUAUGUCGGCACGGAAAUAAAGUGAAAGGACAGGAAUGCUCGGGGUCUCGGAAAAAAAUUGAUCCAUCGGGCGCGAGGACGGCUUCGCCUCCCGGUGCCGCACCCGACCCCAAGCCUAGGUUGUCCACACGGUCGACGGCCGCAUCGGUCUCCAGUGAUCCUCUCGACCUGGAUUACUCUGGUGUUUUUGACAAGCUGACGGCCGUGCUGAAAUGUGUACCGGUGUACGACCAUAUUCCUAAACCAUGCAGGGAGAAGUUUGCACAUGAUCUGAACGCCUUGCUGACGGCUGUUUGUAAUGACCCUGGUGACCCGGUCCACUGGGUUAGACUCCACUGUUUUGUCCCAUACGUCUUACAGAAGACUUCCAGAGGGGGUCGCCGGGUCAACCACGGCAAUCUGGUCAACAAGCGUCUAAGCGAAUAUUCAACUAUUGGUCUUGAAACCCUAGUACUGUGCUUUGAUGGGUUCAAUAAUGCCAAAUCACAAAAGCACAACGGUGGAUCAACGCUGUGUCAUCUUGCAUUGAACAGGGAAACCUGUCCUCGGCUGCGGGUCUUCCCCGCAUUGACACCAACGGCUGGUUGCGUUUUUCCCGCCGAGGUGCUGAGGGCCGUUAAAUCGUUCAAAAACGGUUCUUCUGGAGACCUGGAUGGCCUACGACCCCAGCACCUUAAGGAUGUUUUUUCAGGCCCCUUGCCAAUCGACGACACACUGAACUCCUUAACCCAACUCAUUAAUUUGAUCCUAUCUGGACUCUCUGAGCUCAAAUUCGCCCUGGGUCGUGUUUCCUGUCUUUUGGCCCAUGAUGCCUUGACUAUUAUCCGCAAUGCUCUCAGUUUGCCCAAAUUGAUGUACUUCCUGCGUACAUCCAAACACAUUGAUCCUUCUAAAUUGGGCGAAUUUGACAGAGCCCUGCGCACCGCCCUUUCGUCGAUUUGCAAUGUUCAAGUGACCGACAGUGAUUGGUCCCAGGCUCAGCUUCCGGUGCGAUUUACUUCACAUAAACAGCAGAAGUCUUUUAAAUAA